CAAACAAAGUGUUACACUGAGUAGGCACGGGGCUCCCGGUUUUGCACACUACAAGGCAGCCGCUGCAAAGACAUCAAGAAGGGUCCUCACCUGCUCUAGAAGGAUGAUGCGGCCAGCGCAGGAACUGGUAGUGAAAAACUGUUCUCGACCAUUCAGGAGCUGCACGAUCUCUACCACAUCCUCGUCCACACAGCCCUUCCGGCUGAAGUCCGCUUUGCUUAGACACUGCGCCUUCCAUCUCUUGAACUCUGCCCUCCGAUCCAUACGACGAGAGAGCUAGGGUCUGUACUUUCACGUUAGCCUAGCCUUUCCCUGGGUGCAGCCAUAUUGUAGCAGCCAGUGGUGGCCGAAAAGGUCCAAACUACCUUUUCGGGCCCGCCCCUGGGGGCGGGGCGAGGUGGAGCCUGAAAUCACAGCGCCGGCCGGGCCCGCCCCUUUCCCGCCUGACAUCUGAGGGAAUUGUCGCAAGUUUUGGUUUCUCACUCUAGACCCGGUGUCUAGAGCACCAUGGCAACUGGACAGAGGCUGAUGAGAGCUAUUAGAGUUUUUAAAUUUGGUGGACCAGAAGUGAUGAAACUCCAGUCGGAUGUUGCCAUACCAAUUCCAAAGGACAAUCAGGUUCUAAUCAAAGUCCACGCAUGUGGUGUCAACCCAGUGGACACGUAUAUUCGCUCUGGUACUCACAAUAUGAAACCACUUCUACCCUAUACUCCUGGUUUAGAUGUGGCUGGAAUAGUAGAAGCUGUCGGAGAGCAUGUAUCUUCUUUCAAGAAAGGUGACAGAGUUUUCACAGUCAGCACGCUCUCCGGGGGCUACGCGGAGUAUGCUUUAGCAGCCGACGACACUGUUUACAUGCUGCCAGAAAAACUGGACUUUAAACAAGGAGCUGCCAUUGGGAUCCCAUAUUUUACUGCUUGUCUUGCUCUGCUCCACAGUGCCUGUGUGAAAGCUGGAGAAAUUGUUCUGAUUCAUGGGGCUAGUGGAGGGGUUGGAAUAGCAGCGUGCCAAAUUGCUAGAGCUUAUGGCUUAAAGGUUUUGGGCACAGCUGGUACUGAGGAAGGACAAAACAUUGUUUUGCAAAAUGGAGCCCAUGAAGUGUUUAAUCACAGAGAAGUUAAUUAUAUUGACAAAAUUAAGAAAUCUGUUGGUGAAAAAGGAAUUGAUGUGAUUAUUGAAAUGUUAGCUAAUGUAAAUCUUAGCAAUGAUUUGAAUCUUUUGUCACAUGGAGGACGAGUAAUAAUUGUUGGCUCCAGAGGUCCUAUUGAAAUAAACCCUCGGGACACUAUGACAAAGGGAUCUAGCAUAAAAGGAGUUGCUCUCUAUUCAUCAACCAAGGAGGAAUUUCAGCAGUUGGCAGCAGCCCUUCAAGCUGGAAUGGAAGUUGGUUGGUUGAGACCUGUGAUAGGUCCUGUGUAUCCACUGGAGAAGGCGGCCCAGGCUCAUGAAGACAUCAUUCACAGCCGUGGGGCUACUGGGAAAAUGAUCCUUCUCUUAAAAUGAUUACUCCUUCCUUAGAUUUCCUAUGCAAUGAGAUGCUUUAAUUAGCAUCCAUUCGUUUCAGUGAUCUUGUUAUAUUUGAAAACAAAGUUUUAUCCUUGGAGAUCACAGGCAUUGGAGUAUGGUUUACUUUGUGUCUGGCUGUAUUCUUUAUGCCUGCCACCUCAUCAAGGAGUCAUCCCAAUAGGAAUUAGAAUGUUGGUAGUCUCUUGGCAUUGGUGCGCAUUACAGAAAUUCCUAACUGAUGCUUGAUCAUUAAUUCCCUACUUUUGACGAAGACAUGCUAAUUCAAAAUAACACUACUUGAUUUCCAAGCCUACUUCUCCUUAUAAAGCUUCUUUAGUCUGAUUAGUCCAGAACUAUAUUGGACUCUGAAAGUUUUCUGGACUGAAGUAGACCCCUUUUCACCAAAACUGAUCUCAUCUAGAUCUAUACAUCUCUCAGAGGGCAAGAUAACAUCCAAAGAAAUUUAUUCGUUUUCCAGUAUUUCCCAAAAUAUUAGAAUAUUCAGUAGGUUAAUGAUUGAUUACCAGUGGUCCAUAUAUUCUGUGAGGACAGCAGCUUUAUCUUUGGUAUAAUAUAGUAGGCACAUAGUUUACAAAUAGGUACUUUUUGAUGGAUUCAACUUCAAAGUGGAUUUAGAAUUUUCAGUUUGUAUGAUGAAGAGUGUAUAUUUUUAUUAAAUUAAUAAAUGAAUUAACACAUUAAGAAUGAUCUGCUUUUGUUAUUAUAAUGUGGUAACUGCAAUGAAUUCCAUAGGAAAUUUAAAA